AUGACACACCCAAUGUGCGGCCCUCGAUUUGCGGUCCUUCGAUACAUCACGACCUAUGCGCUUGCGACGUGGACAACGGAGUAUCGCCCAGAAGAAACUCUAGUGCAUACGCGCCAUCUCUUCCCAGCCUGCCUGGCGGCUCAGAGUCACCGAUCCAGAUACUCUAAGUGCACAAGUAAAGUCCAGGCUAUCGCAACAUACGAGUGGAAACAUCGCCGGUACAAAAAGGCAAGGGUUUCCAACGCUUACAAACAUCCGGAGGACCGCCAGGAACGUCUACACAAAGAUGUUGUUCCUUGUUGCAAUGCUGAUGCGCCAAGGACAAGCCUAUGA